AUGGCCUGCAUUAGAUUGCGGAAGCGAGACGACUCAAUUCAGUUCUUCAAAACGUUAAAUAUUGAGCGCUUCCGCCCCUGCCACACGCGAGCUUUGGGCGUCAAAUAUCUUUCUUUCCGUAAACACGACAGCAUCCUCUUCCUGGCCGCCUAUUUAGCGUGCCCUGCACCCCUGGCGUUCCAGAGAGAAAGAGGAGACAAACGCGUGAAAGAACCGCGUGGACGAAUUUCGUUUGGCCCUCAUCAACUGGUUGGCGACUUACAUAAAUACCACGCCCACACCAGCCCCGGCCGCGUCCUCCCCUCCUACCGCUCCUCCUCCUCCGCAAUGGACUCCGCCCUCCUCUCCGCAAAGAUGCCCCCUGCACCGCUCUCGCGGACGUCGUCGGCCCACAGCUUCUCCUCAGAGGACGACGCGUCCUUGGGUAGCAGCCCCGCGACGGUCAUCAGCAGCUCACGUCGCACCCGCAAGAGGUUCACCAACAUCCAGCUCACCAUGCUCGAGAACCUCUUCCACCAGAACUCGCACCCAUCGCGCGAGGAUCGUGAAGCCGUCGCCAAGGCUGGAGGAAUGGAAAUCAAGUCCGUCACGAUCUGGUUCCAAAAUAAACGACAAACAGAGCGCAAGACGGCUGCGGUGAACAACAGCAGCGUCCCCACCGACGGAUACGGGGCUGCAAUGCCGCACAUCACGAGCACCAUCCACACCUUUAGCCUGCACAACGACAACCACAGCUCACGCACUGCUUCGCCACCUUUCAGUGUCCCCAGCCGCGCUUCCUCCGCUGCCUCUUCGUACCCCACCACUGCAUCGCGCCCCUCAUUAGACCGUGUCGCCUCUCGCUCUGAGCUGCGAACUGCCGCCCCACGCACACCGUCGCGGCGACACAACCUCUCUGGCGCCAUCUGGGAUAGUAUGCCAUCGUCGCCGCUCGCACCGCCCAUCAGCCCCCCGGCACGCGAGUUCAUCGACUUCGGAAAAAACGCGAAGACAAGGAGAACACUCGAGUGGGCCUGCGCAGCCGCACGUCUCGCGGACAAGGAUGGGUACGCGACGGGGUUGGGCUCGGGCUCUGCCUCCUUGGGGAGUGCAUCUGCUUCCGCGGGCUCUGCUUCGCAUCACCAUCGUGAUCGAGAGCACCGAGAAAGAGGCCGUGAACGCGACCACCCCCACCACCAUCAUCAUCGCCACACUGGGAGUGGGGGCAGCAGUAGACGCGACAGGGGCCACACGUCGUCGAGCAGGAGAGAGAGCAGUGCUCGGAGACUGGUUCGUUCUGAGGGGUCGAGUGCCAGCCUUACCAGCAUGGACUUCGACGCCCAGACGGACGAGGAAGACCACGAGGCCAUCACACCUCCUAGCACCUGGGGUAAGGGAGACCCGCGCUGGACAACGGGCGAGAGGGGUGGCAUGAACAUCAUGUCCCUCACGUCAGCAGCGGCAGCAGCAGGCGUCGAAGACGACGACAUGCUCAAGGCUGCACUGGCGCUAUGUGGCCUGGGCAGAAGGGGCCAAUGCUAA